UCUGAUACUAGUUGUGUAGACUCAUUUUCCUAAACAGAAGGAAAGAGUUGUCCUGAAAUUCUUUCUGAGAAAUGUGGCGAUACGGUGAUAAUGGUUGAUCCAAUGGUUGUUGACUACAAACGGUGAUCAAAAGAAAACGCCUUCGCUUCCAGAUAAUUUCACGAGAAACUACUCUUGCUUCUUGACAUAUCGGCUUUUGGUCUAGUUGUUGGAUGCAAACGCCGAUCAAAAGAAAACGCCUUCGCUUCCAGACAAUUCCAAGGAAACAUUCUUGCAUCUUGAUUUAUCGCGAUCUUUCAGAGAUACUGACUUAGAACUGAUUUCUUUUUUUCAAGAACUCAACUAAAGAAACAAAAGCAAGCCAUGUGGAUACAGAAGAAAAUUUGAGAGCACUGCGAUAUCGUUUGACAUAUAACAAAGUGCUAUACAGCAGGUUCCUUGGAUUCGUUUUGAGCGAUGAUUAAAAAUCCAGCUUACAUUUGACCCAAGUGUUAAACGUAUGCUAGUGAUUGACUGUCCACUUUUAAGAUGAGAAGAGAAAAUGAUGAUCCACAUUUCAAAAUCUUAAAAGGAAACGAUCGAAAAUAGUAAUAAACUGAACAAUGGAGAUCAAUCAAAUAAUGAGUUGGUUAUUAAGUGAUUGGUAUGAUUUUUCAACAAACCCGAAUCCUUUGAUAAAAGCUAUACUUGACGGCAAUAAUGAACUAUCACGUGAGCUAAUUACUCAAGGUGUAGACCCCAAUGUCACAGAUGAUGAAGGAGGGACGCCUUUGAUGUGCGCUGCAUUCAAGGGCAAUAAAUGGAUUGCUGAAAUAUUAAUUGAUGCAGGUUCUGAAGUGAAUCAAAGAAAUCAUAGUCAACAAACGGCCCUCUUUUAUUCAAUCAACGAAGAGGUUACACGGCUAUUGAUUGAAAAAGGUGCUGAUGUCAAUGUAUCUGAAAAAGAUGGACAAACUCCUUUAUUCAAUGCAGCUGAAAAUAAUAACGAAGAGGUUGCACGACUGUUGAUUGAAAAAGGUGCUGAUGUCAAUGUAUCUGAUAAAGUUGGACAAACUCCUUUAUUCGAUGCAGCUACAAAUAACAACGAAGAGGUUGCUCGAUUGUUGAUUGAAAAAGGUGCUGAUGUCAAUGUAUCUGAUAACAAUAAAAGAACUCCUUUAUUCAAUGCAGCUACAUAUAACAACAAAGACGUUGCACGACUGUUGAUUGAAAAAGGUGCUGAUGUCAAUGUAUCU